CUCAAGACUCUCGACGCCACUUGAGGGUCAUUGUAGGAUUUAUUCAUGUAUUCUUGCACCUGGUCCUCCUGAAAGAUGAGAACACUGCAGCAUCUCUGAAGAAACCCCCCAGCUUUAUCUGCUGCCUCUAACUCCUCCAUAAACCGCAGUAAAGCGCAUGCAUUACUAUAGUGAAGAUGUUUGAGCAGGAGCGUCAUGGAACAGCAGAUCAGAGUUACGAAACAUGCCAGACCUUCACUUCUGACUUCCUAAAAGACUGAAAAAGAGCAGAAAGUCCCUGGCGGCGUCUGUGUCUGACCGGCGCUCAUGGCUCUGGACGCUCUGAUCCGGCUCUUUACCUUCAUGUCAGCGUGUGUGUUUGGGACGAGUCCUGCCGUCUCUCUGUCUGUCCCGGACCGAGUGCUUGCUCUGGAGGGCUCGUGUCUCGUCAUCCCCUGCUCCUUCAGACCGGACCCCGGCGCUCCGGCGAUAGAGCUUCGUCUCGUCAGAUCCUCCUCGCCGUUCUUCAUGAUGCUGCGGAGGCCGAUCUUCAGCUCGGAGCGCGGCGACGCCAUUCAUCCCGACUUCAGAGAGAGAACGGUGCUCGCCGGGAACAUCAGCGCCGGAGACUGCUCCAUCAGCAUCAGCAGCGUCCGCAGAGACGACCAGAACACCUACGAGCUGCAGGUCAGGGAGCGGGGUCAAAGGUCAUGGCCCGCCGGCCGCAAGGUCAACAUCAGCGUGACCGGUUCUCCGGAGCCGCCGGAGCUGUCGGACCCGGGGCCGGUGACGGAGGGCCAGAGGCUGGUGUUGAACUGCUCGGCGCGGGUCAGCUGUCCGUCGGAUCGGCCCCGUCUGCGCUGGAGCUGGGAGCGCAUCGAUCCGGACGCAGACACGGAGCUGCAGCCGGACGCCGGUCAGUCUCUGGAGCUGCGGUCCAGCCUCAGCUUCACCGUCCGGCCGAACGCAAAGCCCAGAGUCCGCUGUGAGCUGGAGUAUCCUGACCGCCGCAGAUCCUCGGCCACACGCCAGAUCCUCGUCCGCUUUCCUCCUCGAGACGUCUGGGUCCAGGUUCUGAGCGCUUCGGUGCGUCUCGGAGGAAACGCUCUGCUGCUGUGUUCCUGUAAAGCCGACCCGCCGGUCUCUGAGUAUCAGUGGUGGAGCGUGGAGUCGGGAAACACACAGAUCCUGGCCAAACGCUCGUCAACCGUCCGCAUCUAUAACAUCAGCCGAGACACACGCGUCCAGUGCAGCGCUGCAAACCGUCUGGGACGAGCCUCGUCUCUCGCCACGCGUCUCAGCGUUCUGUACGCUCCGGUGAUCGUGUCCCGCUCCUCCUGUGUUUGGGACGGGACGCUGCUGUCCUGCUGCUGUAUCGUGGACUCGAACCCUCGGCCAGCCGUCACCUGGAGUGUGAACGGGACGCAGCCGCCGGACGGAUUUAACGCCUCGUUUUCUUACGUGAACGAGACGCUGACGGCGACGCUGCGCGGGAUCUCAGACGCUCCGCAGCCGGUCGAGUGUCACGCGGUCAGCGGUCUGGGAAACCACUCGCUCCUGCUGUUCGAGCCUCGCCACGAUGAUCUGUUGUGGACUGUGAUCCCGACGGCAGGUGCUGUGCUUCUGCUGCUGUUUCUGCUGCUGUUUUUCUGCUGCUGCUGCAGGACGAAGCGACGGAGACGCGUCAUGACCUACAGGCCUCCAGACGUCUAUCAGGAGCGAAUGCCGCUCUACAUUAACUGCAGCGAAGUCACAAACGUCUACAGCAACGGCAGCUAUCAGCUCAUCUAUCAGAACUGCACUCCGCUCUUCGUACGCAGCAAGCAGACGUAUAAGAGACAGAGACGAGGAGCGAGACGCCAGCGAGUGAUCCCCGUCACUGCAGACUCCGACACGGCCAUCUAUGUGGAGGUCAUCUGAUCAUAUGUGUGUGUGUGAGUGUGUGUGUGUGUGUGUGUGUGUUCAUCUUCACUGAGAACGAAACACCUGGGUUGUUAUUCCUGUAUCAACUCACCUCCAGAAAUAAAGAAAUAAAGUCAACUGUG